AUGGCAGAGCAGCUCGCUCUUGUGGUGCAUGAGGUGGAACGUCUCGUGACCGCGCCCUACGUGCCAUCAUUACAGGAUCUCUAUGGCAUUUCUCAGCAGUGUGCUUCGUCAACUAUCAAGUCAUGGGCAUUCUAUAAACCUUGCCAGGCCAGCGCGCUGGGCAAUGUUCUAGUGGAAGCUUUAUCGCGAUCCCGCGUCGCUCUCUCUUUGAUAACUGCAUUCUCAUCUGCUUCAUCAUUUCGAGAUGCUCUGCUAACCCGCCACUCGAUGAUACUUGAUGCUUUUCUUCAAAAGGCACUAGAAACCAACGAGCAUGAGUAUAUCCCCGCAUGUAUUGCGCUGCUGUCUUCGCCCCUGCCAGCGGAUGUAGUGCCCCCAGCACGCAUUGGCCCCUUCAUCACGAAGUUGGUGGGAAUGAUGUCUGACAAUCCCGGUAUUGAGACAAUCAAACCUCUCUACACCAUUAUGAAAGGAUUACAGGGUUCACCAAAAGUCCUCGACGACAUCCCCUCCGAGGUCAUGUCCAACCUUCAAGUGGAAUUCACCAAGAUUCUACGCAAUUUCGAUGACCACAUGGGCAAUCUCUUAUGUCUUGGCACUUUCGCUCAAAUCGCAUUAGCACAACCACCAUCUUCUCAAAAUCAACACGGAUCAGAAUCAAUCUCGUGGCUUCUCAACAUCAAGGAUUUCUUCGGCCCCAAGCGUGGAUUAAAGACGCUGGAUUUGGUUGUAUUGCGCGUCAUUCUUGCUUGCUCAUCCAGCUGCAGCCUGUCACCAUCACAGGCUGCUGAAAGCAUUAAGCUAGCUAUCUACAUCGCUGAUGUGGUCCAGUCUGAUCAGAAACAUAGUUGGAUGGCUAGCAACUCUUCCAAACUUGCCAAGCUGUGCAAUAAGGCUGGGACAGAUGGCCUUGAUGACAAUAUACGAACAAUGGCAUGUCGGUUUCUCCUCGUCCCUGCAAAGUCUUUGCCAUCUCAAGUACGAGAUUUUGGUUUAAACACCCUCUUGCACAAAGAAAGCCAGGAGGUUGUAGAGAAGGUACCCCCGCGGCUUAUUUCACGACUAUCCAGAAAGCUAGCUACAUCUGGAGAACUGGCUUCCCAAUAUCUUUUGAACUUCACAUGCUCUUCUUUAAAAACAAGUGGCAUCCAAGACCAUAAGACCGUCAGCAAGGUGUGCCUGGCAACUCUGAUCUUGGCUGGUCUACAGGAAGGCGAUUCAAAGUUGAUGCUUUCUAAUAUUUCCAGCUCAAUGGCCGCCUUCAAACAGAGCCUUGUCGAGAUGCUUGAGAGCUUCCCUCGGAAACCAAGCAAAGAUCUGUUUGUAUCCUUGCUCGGGCUCUACAAUUGUGUUUCCUCAGAGCAAAAUGGAGGUGAUACUUUCAUGCAAUCUCUUGUUGGAGAUGAAUUCUCAUUGCCGUGCGCCUCUCGCAAUUGGCGCCAGGAUAUGGCCUCAGAAUUCAUGGAGACUUCGCGGCAUACUCAAGCGACCAUGAUGCAAAAGAUCGAAGAUGCAUGCUUUGAACUAGAGCGCCGCUGCUAUGAUGUGGAAGGUCCUGUUCGAGCCGCCGAGGAACAAAGAGACCAAAUGGCCGAAGAGAAUCGUCAGCUAAAAGAACACAUUGAACAACAGGAGACUCGCCUAGGUGAAUUCUCGGAAUCUUUUGCUGGUCUUCAUGAUGAGAACACCCGCCUCGAGGAGCAACUGCAAAGCGAAUCUUCACGAGCCGAACAGCUUUCAAAACUUUUUGCUUCUGUGAAGGAGGAGAUUCAGACACAGCAAUGGCAAUCCGAGAAAGCUAUUUGUCUCGAAAAAGAACAGGCUCGGUCUAAGGAGUUAGAAAUGAUGGCUGCCUUGACAGAAAAAGACGAUCAAAUAGAAGAUCUUCAGCAGGAAAUACGUCUUGUGCAAACUGAGAAUGACCGAAUCCGUCAGACUCUCGAUCAAGUUUCAAUGGAGAAAGAUGCUUCUCUGGAUACCUUCGGGCUUCUGAAAGAGGAGCUUGCAACUAUGAAGGAUAGUCUCGAGCAAAGCAGACUUCUCACUACUCGCAAGGAGGAUGAGAUCAAGCGGUUGUUGGCCGAGGAAGACAAUCUACGUAUAGAAGUGGCGACUCUGAAAUCAACAGUUGAUAAACAAAAUAUCGAAGUUGAAAAAGCUGUCGAUUUACUGCAAGAAUCCGAGGGAAAAAUGAGUAGUGAACUUGAGAAGCUCCAGCAGGAUCAUAAAGUGGAGGUCUCUAGGGCCACAACUAAGAUGGCCAAGCAGGAAGAAGAAAUCAGACACUUGCAAGCCGCUAUGGAUGGUGUCACUCUAGAUGCUUCUAAGAACGCCCUGUCCAAGGACAAACGAAUCGCACAUUUGGAAAGAAAGAUCCAAGCUUUCCGUGAUGAACGUGCCGCCAAGGCUCGCGAAUUUUCCGAAGCUCAGCAACACAUUGGAAGACUCAUGGGUGUGAUGGGCUUCUCGUCCAAUGCCCCUGAAUCCACCAGUCCCAAACAUCAGCGGGCCAGAUCAAGUAUCUACCCGACAGAAGCUGCAGGUGCCCAACAACAAGUCAGUGAUGACGAAGACACACAACUGGCACAGUCUUUUGAAUCGUUGGCAUCAUUUAAUGGACCCACACCCAAACGACCAAGAGGAAACCGUUCACCCCCAGCAUUCACUACUCCUUCUGUCAUGCCUCAGACAAGGGUUCAAUCUACAACCAAGGGAAUGCCCAAAUCUGCCCGGCAGCCACUAGCAACUGCCAAUAGCAAGAGUCCGAUCAACCCUCAAGCAAGUGGUUUAUCAAAGCCUCAUGAAGUCGAUACCUCGUUCCAGGAAAGUCAGGCACAGGAAAAUAUUGAAGGGCACAGACUAGAGGAUUUUGAUUUAGAUAUGGACCUUGAGUUUUCGAAGGAGUUCCUUCUUUCAAGUACUGCUUUUACGGGAUCGAAUGAUCAAGCCGUGCUAUAA